CCACUUUUUUCCUUUCGGCACCGUACCCAUACGCAACAUACCACAAUGUCUCGUUUCUUCAGGCAGGCUGGUGACUCCGACUCCGACUCUGAGGAAUCCGACGAUGAGUCCAUGUCCAGCGGUGACGAUGCUCCAGCCCAAAGACCGGCGGUCUCUGCUGCAAAGCCAGCAAUGUCUCGUUUCUUGCGUACCGCUGGAUCAGAUUCGAGUUCGAGUGAUUCAGACGAGUCUGAAGACUCAGAUAGUGACAGCGAUGACGAUGCACGACCUGUGAAGAGAACUGGACUGCCUCUUCGAAGUGACUCGGAAGAUGAAGAUUCAGAAGAGGACACGAAAGCAGGUGUAAGAAUCAUGAGCGCCCAGGAAAGGCGUCUUGCGGAGAUGGAGUUGACGGGCAAAGCUAUCGACAAUGCCUUGAAAAUCAAUGACUGGGUUGCAAUUUCCAACGAGUUCGACAAGCUCGUGCGUAUGAUCCAACGCCAGCAUAACGUUUCCGAACCAGUCCCUCCGUUCUACAUCAAAGCUCUCAUUAGCUUAGAGUCCUCUCUCAAUGCCGCUAUUGCCAAAGAAAAGGAAUCAAAGAAAAAGAUGAAUGCUACAAACGCCAAAGCCCUUACCGCCAUGAAGCAAAAAGUAAAGAAGAGUGUGAAAGAAUAUGAGCAGGAUAUCUCUAAAUACAAUACUGAUCCGGAAACAUUUGAACGGGACUAUGCGGCUUUGACAACUCGUGAAGCACCUCCAGUUUCAGGAACCGCGCGGUCGACAUCUAGGAGUGUGGACGCCGACGGCGAGGUCAUUGAUGACUUUACGACUGUGGGGAAGGGCGGCAAAAGCAUGCAAUUCACAUCAGAAAGCAUCUUCAAGAACCUUCAAGCCGUACAGGAAGCCCGUGGUAAAAAGAAUACGGACCGAGCUGAGCAAAUCCGAAUUCUCGAAAAGCUCCUCGAAGUGGCUGCUACGACCUACCAGCGACUCCGUGUUCUUCUUGCCCUCAUUUCGUCGCGCUUCGAUUACAAUUCUUCAGUAUCUACGCAUAUGCCUGUCGAGCUGUGGCUGUCUGCUCAGCGAGAAGUCGACCAGCUACUUUCCGUUGUUGCUUCGAAUUCUGCAUAUUCGGUUCAGGAGAUAACUGGGGAUUACGAUGAAAUGGUAGAACGGUCUCCUUCUACUGAAAAGGACGGCGUUGUGCGGAUACGUGGCAGUAUCAUCAGUUUCGUUGAUAGACUCGACGAUGAGUUUACAAAGAGUCUGCAAAACAUCGAUCCGCACGGUCCGGAAUAUGUUGAUCGACUGAAAGACGAGAAGGUCUUGUAUUACACGAUCUGCCGGGCGGAAGCUUUCUAUGAGAAGACAGAUCAAGAAGAACCGCUUGGACGGGUCAUUAUGAGACGACUCGAGCAUAUCUACUCCAAGCCUGACCCUGUCGUUCAAGCGCUUGAAGCAAGCGUCGACACCUCUGACAUAAAACCGAAAAUGAACCUGUCGCAAGGCGCGACCUCUCUUCUGAUCCACCAACUAUGCGUUUAUCUGUAUGGUGCCGGAAACUCGCUUCUUCGGACGCGUGCUAUGCUAAGUCACAUCUAUCAUCAUGCCUUGCAUAACGAUUUCCACACCGCUCGGGACAUGCUACUCAUGUCGCACCUUCAAGAAUCCAUCCACUCUGCCGACGUUGCCACGCAGAUUUUGUAUAAUCGUACUGUAGUGCAACUUGGUCUGUGCGCAUUCAGAUGUGGUCUUAUUAAAGAGGCCCAGUCGACACUGCAAGACAUAUUCACGACUCAGAGGGUCAAAGAACUUCUGGCGCAGGGCGUUCAUCAACAACGUUUCCAGGUCCUCACGCCCGAGCAAGAGAAGGCAGAGAAGCAACGACAGCUCCCCUUCCACAUGCACAUCAACACAGAGCUGCUAGAAGCUGCCUUCCUCGUGUCUAGCAUGCUGGUGGAAAUACCUUUGCUUGCUAGUAUCGAUUCUGAGGAGCUCAAGCGGAAAGCCAUCUCUAAGCCAUUCCGACGCCUGCUUGAUUUUGCAGACAGGCAGGUGUUCACCGGACCUCCUGAAAGCACCAGGGAUCAUAUUAUGCAAGCCAGCAAAGCUCUCCAGGAUGGCGAAUGGGAGCGGUGCAGAGAUCUGAUCCAGAGCAUCAAGAUCUGGAGUUUGAUGCCCGAAUCUGCAGCUGUGAAGGAAAUGUUGGCGAAGCGAAUACAGGAACAAGGCUUACGCACCUUCUUGUUCACGUAUUCAGCUUAUUACACCACACUUUCACUUUCACUGCUUGCUAGAACAUUCUCUUUGCCCCUUCGUACAGUCACCUCUAUUGUCUCCAAGAUGAUAUGGACGGAGGAGCUUUCCGCCUCCUUGGAUCAGUCGGGCGGAGUUGUCGUUUUGCAUCGGGUGGAGGUGUCUCGCGCCCAGCAAUUGGCGUUGGUCAUCACUGAUAAAGUCAACGCUAUGGUGGAGCAAAACGAAAAGACUCUCGAUGUCAAGAUGGGUGGUAGUGGGGGAUGGAGCGAUCGUGCCGAUGGUACUAAAGGCGAAAAGCGUGGAGAGCAAACUCAAGAACGACGCGGUCGUGGUGAGCGUACACGAGGUGGUGCUCGAGGUACUACACGCGGUCGUGGGGGUCGAUUUGCACAAGGCCUUGGAAACCGAAUGCAGAGUGGUUAG